UGUAUACGGGAGGAAAGCGACAUCCGCUUCCGGAAGUGGACCAGCAGCGUGCCGACUCGAAGUGAAACAGUUUUUGGAUUAUUAGAGAAAAAAAAAGAUGUUUAAAAAGUUCUCCGACAAGGAAAUGGUGUCCAGCGUGAACAAUGCCAAAUCGUCCGUGCAGAGGACGAUCCGGCAGAGUGUCCAGGAACAAUAUCCUUACAUUGAAUCUGUGCUCAACCAAAUUCUUCCCAAAAAAGAUGCCCUGAAAGUUGUCAAGUGUCACGAACAUAUUGAGUUGUUGGCAGCACAAAACGGUGAAAUCCUCUUCUUCAAACAGCGCGAAGGACCCUACAUUCCGACGCUGAAGCUCAUCCACAAAUACCCGUUUAUUCUACCCCCCAUGCAGGUGGACAAGGGUGCCAUUCGCUUCGUGCUGAGCGGUGCCAACAUCAUGUGUCCUGGGUUAACCUCGCCGGGUGCCAAGAUGACCAAAGUUGGUAACAGUUCGAUCGUGGUGGUUAUGGCCGAGGGCAAGCAGAAUGCCCUGGCCAUCGGACUCACUAAAAUGUCGACCGAGGAGAUUCUUCAGAAAAACAAAGGUAUUGGUCUUGAGAAUUUACAUUAUCUAAAUGAUGGAUUAUGGAAUAUGAAACCGGUUAAAUAAGACGAGAUGCAUCAGAGACAGAUUUUGAAAACUUUCCUCCCUUUUUUUUUUUGUAAUGCCACGGAGACCUUUAUUCCAAAGUUGGAUCUCUUGGUAAUUUCCUUCCUCUCCCCCCCUCCAAUUGCCUUAGUCGCUAACAGAAUGUCUGUCUAUUCUGGAUUUCUCUAUUUUAAUUUGAAUUUACUUUGGAUAGUCUCCAAAUUUAGACAACUACAUGCAGCCUAAAAUGUUCCCUCUUUAACAAACCACCCAGUCACGUCUAGACAGAGAUUUUUAAUGGGAAUCUUUGUCUAACCUUGACAGUCCACAAGAAUUGUUCGUCAAAUCUCUAUAUUUUAUAAAUGAUUCAUGUGUAUUCUUGUUGACUUUUUUUGAAUUUAGUUGUCUAGAGUUUGGAUUCUGUUUGUAUUUCUGAAAUUUCUGCUGGAAUGGUCCUGAAAACAAAAAAAAUGUUCUCCACUCCUACCCACCUUUAUAUUUGUUUUUAACAGAAAUUACAGCUGUUUUUGGCAGUUUAAACUUGUUCAUUGUUCUAAUUUGCCACUCACCACGAAAAAUUAAACUUUUGUGUGUGUGUGUGUGUGGAUAUAUAUAUAUAUAUAUAUAUAUAUAUAUAUAUAUGUGCACGCAAGUGUGUGACAGUAAGAAGCUAUAAUUUUUCAGUUAGUAAAAAAAUUUAGAGGUUCUUCAUAAUAAUAUUUUUGCUGACAAAAGUACCAUUUAGGAAACUGGCCACCCUACCACCAAAAAAAGAAAAAAAGAACACCUAUAAAAACCAAAAUGGUCAUUAAUGACUCUUGUUUAAUUAUUACUUGGUUGAAGUAAAAAAAAAAGAAAAAAAAACUUAGUAAUUUCAAAAGAUUUGAAAAAAAAUACUGUCGUAUGUUUUUAUUGUCAAAAAAGUUUUGAAAUUUUGUGGUGGGUGUCGAAUUUCGGUAGCUAUAUUGAUUGUGUAAAUCGAAUACUCCAGGAUCCAGAACGUUACUCUCUUUCGAUGUAGUUUCGGAACAGCUGACCCUCGAAGUCCCAUAAUCUCGGCAGGGAAUGAGAAGAGUACAGAAACGUGUGUGGGAGGGGUGGAAUUUAUAAUUUAAGAAAAAAAAGGAAAAAAAAAAAAAGAAAAUUUUGAGAGGAAUUUUUUUUUUUUUUUACAGAAUCGUAAUUUCUGCUUUACGAAACAGGAAUACGGGAAAACAAAACAAAAAACACCCCAACCCUUUUUCAUUGCCACCACUUAUAGGGACUUCAAGGUACAGCUAUUCCGAAAUUCUUCCUCUUUUUCCUCUAUCUGUCAAAGGCUUCAUGCCUAAUUAAAAACACUGUAUUAUUAUUAUUAUUAUCAUCAAGCUCUAUUCCUUGCCCACACACAUUCUGUUUUCUGCUAUGGCAUCUACACUGGCGUUGUGAUGUCUCUACCGCCAAGAUUCUUCAAAGUGGAUCUGAGGUAGAAACUGGUGAAGUGAUACUAUACUGAUGAUAUUAAGCCAAGUUGUCUGUAAUUCUGUGGAUUUCCAGAAAACACCCCACAGUUUAAAGCUGACUGCUUAAUAAAACAGCAUCUUUUGACUGCAAACAAAA